AUGCAGGACUCGCAAAAGUCAUCAGAGUACUGUUCAAAGGAUGACAGCAGCAGCAAGGGUGCCAGAUACUUGAGUGGAGGAGGAGGAGGGAAGGGCCAUGGCAGUAGCGGAGGAGGAAUUGGAGGACUAAGAGAUGGUGGCGUUCAGGGAUUGACGAUGCGCCACCACACAACUACAUCUCAACAGCAGCAGCACUACACCCGGACUCAUAGUCGUCAGGACAGCCUUGAUACCACCACUGGUAGGAGGGCAGGAGGAGGACUAGGCGGCGGUCGGUAUGCUCCUGGCCACCAAAGGUCAUCCUCGAUGCCUCACACCGGAUCAACAGCACUUCUAGGAGGUGGUGCAUCGUCGUCUGCAAGGAUGAAUGGUUCCACAGGAGCAUCUUCAACAACUCCACGGGGACUAACCUCUUUCUUCCAGCUCGGAGGAGGAUUAAGCAGCGGCAGCAGGGCCACGUCUGGUGGUCCUAACCCAGCACAGAGGAGGAGGCGGGCCAAUUUGCUGCGAGUCCGGAUCGAGCGUGCAUUGAUGGUUGGGAUGGGCCUCUUGGCAGGAUACCGCAUGAUGACGCUAGAUUAUAGUCAGGUUCAGGACGAUGGGGCUACUUCAUUUCGCGAGGGCAAGAGUAGCCUUUCGUACGAGGAUCGACAUCGAGGAGGAGCCGGAGCACGAGUAAACCAAAACCCACAAUACCAUCAUACCGUCAUGCCAACACUGGCCAAGGAUGCCUGGGCACUAGGCGCAGGAUUUGUCCUGUUGGCUUUCGUCCACGCUUUGUUCUUGACGGCACAUGAUCGUCGACUUCAGUUCCCUGUUCACAAGAAUGUGCCAUUACAACCUCUCAAGAAGCGAUCGAGUCGGUACCUUAAUAUGACGGUGCCCCAGACUAUUGCCACUGCAGCAGCCGCCGCCGCUGAUACGGACGAGGAGAGCGAAGAUGACGAGGCCUUGUAUCGGGAACGGGCAGCGGACUUGCAUGAAGAGAAUCUAUUGUUGAACCAGGAGAGCGCACAUGGGACGAGUGGGACUGGAAAUGGAGCUGGAAUCAUGGAUCCCGUCUUUGGAAGUUUACAGAGUCGUUUUUGUCGAACAAGCGAGGGUGCUGCACCCCAGUGGAGAGUCUGGGGAUCAGAAGCUCACUGGUAUAGAAAGGGAGCAGACAAUGGAUCGAUCUUUGCAACGGUGCUGGUCCCCGUUGUGUUGGCCGCCAAGUUUGUUCAGACAGUGACGGACGAAAAGUUCUCAUCGACAGGAAUCUCAGGAAUCAAAACAGCAGAAACGGUCUUGUCGAGUAUGGCCUUGUCGAUGACCUUUGGAGCUUCCAUCUUGAUCCAUAUGUUGUUGUUGAAGGUCUUUGAAGAGCCAUCAGGACCCAGGAAUGGCAAGGUCUAUCAGCAACAGUAUGGGAAACGACCAUCCAGUGGUGUCUUCAAUAGCACAGUCCUCGACAGCAUUGUUCUACCCCCACCUAUAUCCAUGACACCAGUACCAGCUUCGUCAACGACUAUUUCAGCUUCGACCUCGACCAACAACUUGAGCACAGCCAGCGGCGGUUUAUACCCCAAGAAUUUGUAUCCUCCACAUCACACCGCGAAUGCCAUCUCGUCACCGUCGUCACCGUCAUCGCCUUCACUCUCUGCCGCCUCCUCUGCUCCUUCGUCCAUUGCCCUGACUCAGCCUUAUCGACAGACCCCACAGCACCAGCAACAACAGCAGCACCAGCAGCAGCAACAGGAUAUUCAGGAUGUUUUCAUGUUUUCCGCGGAUCAGAUGCACCACCCAAGUCUUUUGAUAGGAUCGUCCGAGGCCGAGAAGACAAGCGAUCGGGAAGAGAUCUGGAUCAUCGCAUUAGGAUUUGGUGGAGCAUACACUUGCAUGAUCACGCUCUUGGCACGGUUCAAAUGGAUUCCGGGCCUGGAGAACACUGGAGCGGGGAUGGUGAUGUUGAACCAGAAUGUGUUCCAGUUGUUGAUGAUUGGAUUUGCGUACUUUUACCGCCGCUCGUUUACGUUCGGCGAGUUGACGAUCUUGGCGCAGGUGGUGACAUUGUUGAUCAACGAGACCCUGAGGAUGAACUUUAUGACGAGCCCGCCAUCGCCGCCUGGGGCUGUUCUGGAGAACCCGCAGUUCUUGUUCCUGCUGACGUUAGUUGUCGGGAUGCUGUUGAUUGGAGUCCUGUUGACCCCUGUGUUGAUGUAUUGCCGACGAUUGGCGCAGAUGCCGACCAAGGGAGCCAAGGCUGCUGAUCUUCAGAAGCGGGAGUUCAAGAAGAAGGUCGCUGCUGGAAUCGUGUAUUCGGGACUGCUGGUGAUUGUCCUGGGACUAAUCAUGCCCCGGUGUGAGCGUGUGUUGGGCCAGAACCCGUUCCUGUGGCUGAUCGAGUUUAUGCUGAUGACACGGAUCUUUACGCCCGAGUUGGUCGCGUCGUUGUCGUCGUCGAGAGGUCAGUCGUCGCUUGUGAUGGAUCCCCUGACUAAGCCGGCCGAGAGUGGUGAGGGCUUUGGAAGCAGCUUCCUCGGUGGCAGUCUUCAGACGUUGAUGGGGAUCCAGAUUGGAUGGAGCCGUUUGGGUUUGUGUCUGUAUUGGGUCUUAGCGGUCGGGUGCUCGAUUGGCUUCUUUUACUGGAUGAACUCGACGAUCCGCCGGCGGUCGAUUAUGGGCUCGCUGAACAACCGCCGCAAGUACUACCAUGCCCUUGCCGUCCUCAUGUUCGUCCCUGGAUACCUCACCGACGAACCGUUUAUGCAUAUCGCGUUCUCUGUGGGUUUAGCAGCAUUGAUCUUCUUGGAGUACAUCCGAUACUUUGCAGUGGUUCCAUUCGGUAAAGAGAUCCACCUGUUCCUGGUCGGGUUCUUAGACGGCCGUGAUGGCGGACCUAUCAUCCUGAGCCAUUUGUACCUGCUUAUGGGCUGCGCGGUACCCGUCUGGUUGGCAGAACAUCACAUCCUGGCAGGACUUUCGGGAAUCUUUGCCCUGGGCGUUGGAGAUGCGAUGGCGUCGAUUGUUGGCAAGCGGUUUGGACGACACCGGUGGCCGGGGACAAUCAAGACCGUCGAGGGCACUGUUGCGUUUGUCGGAUCUGUCAUGGUAGCGGCGGGAGCUAUUUUCGUCGGGAUGUGGUUGAUGAGCUUUGUAUUUGGUGAUUCUGCGUCCAGCUUGCUGUUACAGAAGGCUUCUUCUCUUGCUGGUGGUGUCGCUGAUGCUACGGGCUCGGCUGGAGGAGGAGGAGGAACAAAGACGUCGCCACCGAGGGCAAUGCCAUCGAGUUUGCCGCCCGCGGCGUUGUUGUCGUUCUCGACUUGGAAUGAUUGGUCGGCGGUGUCGUGGACGCUUUGGGGUGUGAUCCGGUACGGGAUUGCGGUCUCUGUUGCGGCGAUGCUGGAGGCUGUCUCGGAGCAGAAUGAUAAUCUGGUCAUUCCUGUGCUUAUGCUUGCUAUGGUCUGGUUGAUCUGA